AUGGCAACAUCACUGCUGGAUUUCCCUUCACUGAAUAGCGAAACAUUCGCGAGCUAUCUCCAGGAAGGAAUAAUCGAAGAAGCAACUGACCAGCCGGACAGAAUUGCCACCUUUUACCUAUCCCAUCGACCUAUGUGGACACCAUCGAAGUCUACCAAGCUUCGAGUAGUAUUCGACGCGUCCUCUCACGUAAAGAACCAACUUCGUCCCAAUGACGUGAUCUACGGAGGACAUUCUCUUACACCUCUCAUCCAUGAGGUAGACCUGCAAUUUCGAACGCACCAGUACACAAUGGUAGCAGAUAUAUAG